AUGGAUCAAACUCAAGCCACUUUUAAAGACCCAACGUUCGACCCGUCGACAAUUGAGGGUAUGAACUCCGAGCCUCCUCCUACAUGGGACCAGUGGUACUUUCCUGGCGAGUCUAUUUUCAAUAAUCCGUUUCCUGUCGAUGGCAAUCAUUGCCAUUAUGGACUCGAUGAAAUUGAAGGCUUCAUUCCUGAAUUCAUCCAUGAACCCCUUUCAUCUGUGCGCACGUCUUCAUUCAUGACCCAAGAAUCUCUGGAACACCAACCAAGUUCAGACACAACAAAUCCCGACGGAUCGUCCAACAUUGAAGUUACUGCGUUUUUUCCCUCGCCGCCACAGUUUGAAACGGAUAAACAAUACAAAGAGGGUUCUGCAAGCUCAUCAUAUCGACGCAGCUUUACCGAGACAAACCAGGUAGAACAAUCAGCAGAGAAACAGGCUCAUGCGAGUACUCAACAAAGUGAAACCAACAAAAAUGGGGCAUUUUCACCCUCCGGAUCCGACGAACAGAUGAAAAAGCUCAGAGAGAAAAACAGCCGUGCGGCGAACAAGGUUCGCGUCAGGAAGCGGCAAGUUGAAAGAAAUCUCGAGACUACAGAACAAAACAUGGAGCAAACGAACCGCGAACUGACAUCCCGCGCCAAGGAAUUAGGCCAACAGGUCCACCAUCUCAAGAUGCAGCUCCUCCAGCAUGUUGGCUGUGGAUGUUUCCUUAUCCAGGAGUAUAUUGCUAGUGAAGCCCAUCGUUAUAUUCAGGAUAUGAGCAGCGAAUCUAGUCAGACAACCAAAUAA